AUGGAGGCUUGUCCGCCGUCACGGCAGGCAGAGUCGACCGCCCAUUCAAAGCCCCGCCAUCUGAACCGAUCCAACCCUAGCUCCCACUCACUAUCAUCAACGACUAGUCCCGGGACAUCCACGCCGCGGUCAUGGUCGGCCAACGAGUGGCUCGGCGGCACGCCCGACACAUCACCGCCCAGCUCAGGCGUAGGCUCACCGGAGCUGAAGGCCAAGCUCACGCAGGAGGAUGAUGCCGUCUCUACCUUCGAGGAACCCAUGACCCACUGCUCGCGACAGGGCUCCGCUAAAAGCGUAUGCUUUGUUGGUGCAGGGUUCGUAGGUGGCCCGACAGCUGCCGUAAUCGCGUACCAUAAUCCAGAAAUCCGAGUGAACGUCGUCGACUUGAAUAGCGACCGCGUAGCAGCGUGGAACUCGUCGCAUCUUCCUAUCCACGAGGACGGGUUGUUAAAAGUCGUGCGGGUAGCCCGUGAUGGGACACUGCCAGUUCGUCUAUGCUUAUCCGGGAGCACGGAGCCGAUCGGGAUCCAAGCACGAAACUCAAAUCUGGUAUUCUCGACAAACGUGGUCCCAGCCAUCGCGGAGGCGGAUAUUAUCUUCAUCUGCGUCAACACACCAACGAAGACUCACGGCUUGGGCGCUGGUUCGAUGGCCGACGUCAGUGCUGUCGAGAGCGCCGCUCGUACGGUCGCAGAACACGCGAAGAAAGGCGCCAUCAUUGUUGAAAAGAGCACGGUGCCUUGUGGGACAGCUCGGAUGAUCCAGGAGAUUCUUCGGUACCACCGUCAAAAUCAUAAUUUUGAAGUCCUGUCCAAUCCUGAAUUCCUUGCUGAAGGGACUGCCGUCGAAAAUUUGAUGUAUCCAGACCGGAUUCUCAUCGGCAGCGACCGGACCCCGGCGGGCUGCGAGGCUGCGGAGGUGUUGAAAGACGUCUACUCGGCUUGGGUCCCCCCGGAGCGGAUCAUCACCGUCAACACCUUCAGUAGCGAACUCGCUAAGCUGGUGGCGAACACCAUGCUAGCGCAACGGAUCAGCAGCAUCAACGCCGUCAGCGCUAUGUGUGAAGAAAUUGGUCUUGGCGCAGACGUGGAUGAUGUUAGCCUUGCUGUCGGAAAGGAUUUGAGGUUAGGCCCGAAAUUCUUGCAGGCAGGCAUUGGAUUCGGAGGGUCAUGUUUCGAGAAAGACAUCCUUAACCUCGCUUAUCUCGCCCGAGAGUUGCACCUUGACGUCGUCGCCGAAUACUGGCUUGCCGUUUUGAAGAUCAACGAGGACCAACGACAACGUUUUGCUCGCAAUGUCGUGAGAGAGCUUAACGGAUCACUGCGGGGGAAGAAGAUCGCUGUACUCGGUUUCGCGUUCAAAGAUGGAACAAACGAUACGAGAAACAGCAUUGCGGUACAUGUCAUAAGAGACCUGGUUUCCGAGAUGCCGCGUGAGAUUGCAAUCUUCGAUCCUGGUUGCGCCCCGGGCGAUAUCGAGGCCGAACUGCGAGCAACCGGCCUUCCUACCGCGCAAAUGGAGAGGAUCAAAAUCAGUUCCAGUUGGAGGGGAUGCGUGAAAGAAGCAAGCGCUGUGUGUAUCCUCACCCAGUGGAAGCAUUUCCGGGGCCGGUCCUUGGGAACUCCCCCAUCGGACGAUACGAGAAAGACGACGGGGUUGAGAACGCACCAGUUUACGGCUCAUAAUAGUGAUGAUUGUCUUGACGAAAUGACCAUCACGGAACUGGAGGCGAUGAGACAGCAAGAAGUCCCAAACUUCACAGACGACCCUCUCGAGAGGUUGAGGCCCCUAGCUCCGUGCGCUCCGGAGUGCAAUCAGUGCCGCGAUGAUGAGCAAGGGUUCCGAAACCAAGAGCCAGUCGAUUGGGCCGAGGUUGCAAGCCUGAUGCGUGAGCCACGCUGGGUUUUCGACGGCCGUAAUGUGGUGAACCAUGAUGAACUCCAACAAUUAGGUCUCAAGGUAAAGGGGGUGGGCAAGGGGUUUCCAUCGCCCUGA